AAGCGAUGUAAAUAAUGGCAGGCCAUGAAAGUAUGAAGAGUAAAAAGGACCAAGAAAAUCGCAUGAAAAACGAAGACGGAGCCAGCAGGAUGGAAGAUAGCAACAAGGUAGAGGACCUGUCAGAAUCAAAAGAUGAACCGCCAGCUGAUGUGGUGCGCCUCUGCCAGGAAACUAUGAGUAAAACCGCAAUCUAUUUGAGGGGUGAACUUGAAGGGACUGCUGAGGAGUACAAACUUUUGGAGCAGAUGAAUCAAGUGACGAUCAAUAAAUAUUCUGAGAUGAAACAUAUUGCCAUGAAUAUCAGUCGUGCCAUGGUUGAACUGGAUGACAAAUAUCGCAGUCUACAACCAUACCUGGAUCAAAUAGACCAAAUAGAAGAGAGUGUUAGUAAUCUGGAGCAAGCAGCCUACCGACUGGAUGCCUAUUCCAAGAGAUUAGAAUCCAAGUUCAAAAUGCUCCAGAAACGAUGAAAUGGUGAUCUGUCGUGGUUGUAGGCACUAACAGUCUUUCUGCUUCUUUUUAAUUCUCCUCUUUUCAUUUAACCAAAACAACUCUGUGAUGUCUCCAUUUGAAUUUACUAACCUAUUCAGGCUUGGUUUACAGCCCUAAUUUGAUAUACUUCUGUUAUGGCUUCCUUUGUUUUAUCAGUCAAACAAUUUUACUCUAAAUUUAAUUCUACUCUCUUUUCAUGUCAUGAUAAUGACUGCUAAUAGAGGUGUGUGUGUGUGUGUGUGUAAACAGGUUGACUUAGCUCCUCAUGUUAUUUAAAACUGGUCAUGUUUUUUUCACAUUCACAAAACUUUAAUAAACAUGAGGAGCUAAGUCAACCUGUUACUCAAUAAAUACAAUUCCAACUAUAUGUAUUGAGUA